CAUUCGCAUCGUCAAGUCAAAAGUCUGUCGGUCGCUCGAUCGGUCGGGUGUUCUGGUUAGUGAAACUUACGUAAUUUUCGCGACAGGAUUGGGAUUUCUCUAGAUUCCCUCUUCUGAUUGAAAUUCAAAUUCAGUUUUCAAGAUAAAAUACCACUAUCAGUGCAGUGUGAAAAUCGGUGAAUGAUUAGGUGUGGUAACUAGUGCAGUGAACGAAUGUGCGAAAAAUCGAUUCAAAAGUGACGAAAUAAAACAGAGAAGAGCCACUUCCUGUCCACCAAACCGAAUAAGGCUGGAAUUGCAGUGCCCAUUGGAGAGAAAUCGAUUUUGGUGCUGUAACGUGGUCACGUAAUAAGGCGGAAAGGAAAGCCCAAGUGUCUGCAUUUCGAAGCUAGUUUAAUCAGAACGGAAAAAUGCUCGCAGUCUGUAAAAGUGGCGGUCUGCUCGUUAGCAGUUUGCAAAGGUACGGCAUUCGCUGCAUAGGCUCAGUGGUGCCAGAUGCUAAGCUGCCGGAAUAUCCGCUCGUAAAUGAACCGGUCCUGGAGUACAGAAAGGGAUCCAAAGAGCGCAAAGAAAUCGAAGCGGCUUUGAAGAAAACCGCCGCAACCUUAGAAGAUGUCCCGAUCAUCAUCGGAAACGAAGAGUUUCGCACCAACAACGUACGGCAUCAGGUGAUGCCGCACAACCACAGCAAAAAGAUCGCUCAGUUCUACUGGGCCGACAAGAAGCUGGUGGAAAAGGCCAUCAAGACUGCCACCGAAACGCAGGUCAAAUGGGACAAAACUCCGCUGAGCGAACGAAUCAAGAUUUGGCAGAAGGCAGCCGAUCUUAUGGCUGGUCCAUAUCGGCAAGAACUGAACGCCGCCACCAUGCUCGGACAGGCCAAGACUGUGAUCCAGGCGGAGAUUGAUUCCGCUGCAGAGUUGAUAGAUUUUAUUCGAAUGAACACCGUCUAUCUGAGGGAAGCGAGCAAAUAUCAACCGAUUAGUGAAAAUAGCAAAGUGACAAAGAAUUCGAUGCGGUUCCGUGGUAUCGAUGGAUUCGUCGCGGCGGUCAGCCCGUUCAACUUCACGGCCAUCGGAGGAAAUCUAGCCUACACUCCUGCUUUGAUGGGCAACGCAGUCCUGUGGAAACCCUCGGACACGGCUCUCCUGUCGAACUAUGUCAUCUUCAAGAUCAUGCGUGAGGCUGGUGUCCCACCCGGUGUGGUCAACUUCAUUCCAACCGAUGGUCCGGUGUUUGGAGACACGAUCACCGCAUCGCCCCAUCUAGCUGGUAUCAAUUUCACCGGCUCGGUACCCACCUUCAACCGGUUAUGGCGUCAGGUUGGAGAGAAUAUCAACAUCUACAACAACUUCCCACGACUGAUUGGUGAAUGUGGUGGUAAGAAUUACCACUUCGUGCAUCCUUCGGCUGAUGUGCAGUCGGUUGUGAUUGGAACCAUACGAUCGUCCUUCGAAUUCUGCGGGCAGAAGUGCUCGGCUUGCUCACGAAUGUACGUUCCUGAAUCGCUAUGGCCCAAGGUGAAGGAAGGUCUGCAGAAGACGAGAGAUACGCUGAAGAUUGGAGAUGUUGCCGACUUUUCCAGCUUCACAUCGGCGGUAAUCGACGAUAAGGCAUUUAAUCGGAUCAAAUCGUACAUUGAUCACGCCAAGAGUUCCAAGAACUUGGAAAUCAUUGCCGGUGGUAAGUGUGACGAUAGCAAAGGGUACUUUAUCGAGCCGACGAUUGUGCAUUCGUCCGACCCGUUGGACAAGAUUAUGGUUGAGGAAAUUUUCGGCCCGGUGCUGAGUAUCUACGUCUACAAGGAUAAGGAUCUGGAUCAGGCUAUGAAACUGGUUGGCAACUCGACGAGGUUUGCCCUCACCGGUGCAGUAUUCUCGAAGGAUGAAGCGUUCCUGAAGCGCGCUUUGGAAGAAUUCAAACUGACAGCUGGUAACUUCUAUCUUAAUGACAAAUCCACUGGAUCGGUGGUAGGACAACAGCCAUUUGGCGGUGGUCGAAUGUCAGGAACCAACGACAAGGCCGGUGGUCCACACUACGUUCUCCGGUGGACAACACCACAAUCCAUAAAGGAAACCUUUGUUCCGCUGGAUGAAGUCGACUACCCGUAUAUGCGCGAAUAAGCGCUGCCAGCAAAUAUCUAGUGCAUUCGUUGCACUUUUUGUGAUUUGAAAGAAAAUCAAUUCUGCAUCCUUAGAACACCCGUACACCCAUUAUGUGAAUUUUUGUCGUACCUACUUUCUGGCACUAUUUUUCCUCGAAAAAAGCCACGAAUUUCAACUAAAAGCAAGAUGUGGGAAAGCCAAACCCACGCUAACCCGAAAGCACCUAGAAGUAUUGUUUUAUCCCUAAGUCUCGAUAACAGAAAUGGCUCGCAGUAGCGUCACGCUUUCUUGAGCCCAAGUGAUAUUUGAUUCUCAAUUCGAGUUUCACAUAAUGUAUUGCGUACCUUUGAAAAGAUAAACUAAAAACACUCAUAUAUCACUCACGAGCAUUUUUGUGUUAAACAACCCUUGCACCGGCAGACGCUUGUUAGAUCUGAUCAUAAUUGUGUACCACACUACCACUUUUGGUUAGUCAGUUUUCGUUUGUUUUUUGCAGGAAACACAUUGCUACUUUAAGAUUUAAGUAAUCUUGUGAAUAAAUUUCUAACUGUGUUAUCCAGCGUUUAGUUACCUUCGAAUAUGUUCCCUAAUUUUGUGCUUUUAUUUUGUGGAUCCUGAUUAUCGAAGCUUUUAAAUUGCCACCAAUAAAUUCAUACCAAUUGACAAUAUGAUGAGAUGAUGAGAUAAAUUCUAUGCAACUGAGUAGCUGCGUAACUAGAUAAUUAUUUUGCUUAAGGAAAAAGUAUCAAAAGUAUAUAACCCAUAUGCUAUAAACCAUAAAACUAGCUGUUGUUACUGGAAAACGAAAACAAAAGAAUAAACUUUAUCACAGACAAAUGUAACACAACAACCAAACCAAGAGUAGUCACCCUAUACCAUACGCAGCACAGGCAACGAUUAUGUAGUCGCAACAAUAAACUAAUCUGUAUACCAGUCACUGUAAAACGCAACCAAAGUUUGAUUUUGCGCCAUAAUUACAUACAAGCAUCUGAUUCGUCGUCUUCGAGCACCACAGCACUCUCGAAAAACCCAUAACUAAACUAAGUAUGACAUUUCUGAUGAGAACGAUCGAAACUUGACUAACGUACUGUUGCUGAAACAAAUAAACGAUAAAAAACCAAUAUUCGGGUAACUACUGUGUAGUGGGCAGUGCACUGUUUUGGAGCCACGGUUUGGCUUCGGAAAAUGUCCGCUAUACAAACGCUACCUUUGAAUGUGUGUAAAUCAUAUGGAUAACCCAAGCCAACUGGGUCAAACUGAGAUAUAAUUAAUUAAGCGAAUAAGAAAGAACGGAAACCGAGUUAAUAAAUGUUUAAAAUUAAA